AUGAAGUCCUCUGUGCUUCUUUCAAUUGCGCUGGGCUUGCCUGGCGCAAUCGCUACCCCUGACGGGUUCAGUUCCGAUAUCUCAUUUGCCAACGUGCCACGAGCCCUCCCUGAUGCGCCCGAUGGCUACGUACCAACAUCUGUCACUUGCCCAGCAAGCCGACCGAUAAUUCGCAGUGCGGCGAAACUGUCCCCGAAUGAGACAGAAUGGCUAAAGGGUCGCCGGGAGAAGACCCUGUCGGCGAUGAAGGACUUCUUCGGCCAUGUGAAAGUCGGUGAUUUAGACGUGGUAGGGUACCUCGACAAAUACUCCGGGAACUCGUCCAAUCUGCCCAAUGUCGGCAUUGCUGUCUCGGGCGGUGGAUACCGUGCGCUCAUGAACGGCGCCGGUGCGGUUAAGGCGUUUGAUAGUCGAACAUUCAAUGCCUCGACUAGUGGCCAUUUGGGUGGACUGUUGCAGUCGGCUACCUAUAUUUCGGGCCUGAGUGGAGGCAGCUGGUUGCUGGGUUCGAUCUAUAUCAACAACUUCACCACAAUUGAUGACCUGCAGACGCACAAGGAUGGCGCCGUUUGGCAGUUCGGAAACUCGAUCAUCGAGGGUCCUGAUACUGGUGGUCUCCAGCUUCUCGAUUCCGUUGGUUAUUACCGUGAUCUUGCUGAGGCCACCGAGGGCAAGAAGAAGGCGGGCUUUGACACUUCUCUCACUGAUAUUUGGGGUCGCGCGCUCGCCUAUCAGAUGUUUAAUGCUACCGGUGGUGGUAUCAGUUAUACCUGGUCCUCCAUUGCUGACACCUCUGAUUUCAAGGAUGGAAACUAUCCCAUGCCGUUGGUUGUUGCAGAUGGCCGCAACCCCGAUGAACUGGUGGUUGGCAGCAACUCAACCGUCUACGAGUUCAACCCGUGGGAGUUUGGUACCUUUGACCCUACAAUCUUUGGCUUCGCUCCCCUGAAGUACCUUGGCUCUAGGUUCGAGGGUGGCAUGCUUCCUAAGAACGAGAGCUGUAUUAGCGGCUUCGACAGUGCUGGUUUCGUGAUUGGCACUUCGUCCACUCUCUUCAAUCAGUUCCUUCUUCGGAUCAACACGACCUCACUCCCCGACUUUGUCAAGGAUGUCUUCGGCAGCAUUUUUACCAAGCUCGACGAAUCACAAAAUGAUAUUGCAUCAUACGAUCCCAACCCCUUCUAUCAAUAUAACAAGCAGUCAUCACCGUAUGCUUCCCAGAAAAUGCUCGAUGUCGUCGAUGGUGGCGAGGAUGGACAGAACGUUCCCUUGCAUCCUCUUAUCCAGCCUGAGCGCCAUGUCGAUGUCAUCUUCGCCGUCGACUCAUCCGCCGACACUGACAACAACUGGCCCAACGGCACAUCACUAGUUGCCACCUACGAGCGCAGUCUGAACAGCACUGGUAUUGGCAAUGGCACCGCCUUCCCUGCGGUUCCAGACUCAAACACCUUCAUCAAUUUGGGCCUGAACACCCGCCCGACGUUCUUUGGUUGUAACAGCUCCAACAUGACCGGGCCCUCGCCUCUGGUUGUGUACAUCCCCAAUGCUCCUUACUCGUACCAAUCCAACGUCUCAACCUUCCAACUCUCCACCGAUGACAAGCAGCGUGACAACAUCAUUCUCAACGGCUACGAGGUCGCUACGAUGGCUAACAGCACCCGCGACAAGGAUUGGACGGCUUGUGUUGGCUGUGCUAUCCUCAGUCGGUCAUUCGAACGCACGGGCACCACUCUCCCGGAGAUCUGCAACCAGUGCUUCAAUCGUUACUGCUGGAACGGCGCUGUGAACUCCACCAACCCGAUACCCUAUAACCCAACUUACCUCCUGGCUGUCAGUUCUGCCGCUUCUAACCUGCCCUCCGUGCUGUCCAUGAUCGUCGCAGCCAGCAUGGCAAUCUUCACACUAGUCUAA